GCAGGGAGCGGCCGCCGGCCCGGAAAGCUGCGGGAUGGGAGAGGAUGGGGAUGGAGAGCGGGAUGGGGAGCAGGGAUGAGGAUGGGAUGGGAACAGGGCGAGGAAGCUCAGCUGAGCGUCCUUUGGACCUUUGGGGAGGUUUCGGCAAUGAUCCCGGAGCUCUUCCCAGAAUGCGAAAUGCUUCUGAGAAGCACCCAGCCGCUUCCAUCAUCAGCGCUGCCGGCGCUGCCGACAUUCCAGUGCCAACAGCACCACCAGCAUCCCUCUGCUCCUUCACUGUGACCCCACAGUGAAGGGAAAUGAGGAAUGGUAGAAGCCUGUCGGGAGAGAGGAGGCACUUGGAGAAAGGGACAUGCUGCAGGGAAGGAAUGUUUCUAAUCAAAAGGAAAUGAUGAGCCAAUUGCAAAAUUCUCUUUGAGGAGUGUCUGACAAAAGCCACUUCCUUACUGGACAAAAAAAAAGAAAAAAAAAAGAUAAAUGACUCAGUAGAAGUGGAUCUCUGACGAAGCCAAAGAUGCAAUUUCCGACUCCCCCGUGAUUCCACCAAGCUUUGGAAGCAACACCGGGACAGAGCACAGAGAGGAGCUGGCUGGGCAUUUGGAGAGUGGGCAGUGAGGACCUCCUGGUGAGCUGGGCACUUUCUUCUUCAUGUCCCUGACCUGGCAGGAGCCGCUUUAGGACAUGGAUCCCUAAGGAGCAAGAGGGACCAGGAAGCGCCGCUGAUCUGCACAGACCCCUUUGCCUGCUGCUGCCCCACAGGGAACAGGGAGCUGCUAAGGAGUGUUGUGGUCCAUCCCUGGAUUCUCCAAGCACUCGCUGCCCAUCCACUCUGACCACAGCCAGGGGCCACAUCCCACUGCCUGCCCAGCGUCCAUCCAUGGAGUGCUCCAGCCUCCUCUCCCCAUCCUGCCCCGAUGCUGGCAUCCUUCUGAGAUUGUUCAUUACUGCGUGCAUUUGCCUCCCAGCGUGAGAAUCCCUCUCCACCGACUUCAUCCUGCUCCAGGUCUGGGUGAGAAUUUGGAAUUUGUUGUCUGAGCCAUCACUCUGGAUUCACUCCUAUUGGUUUGGAGGCCUUCCUGGACCGGCUGGUACUCACUGAGAGAACCUGGAGAGGCUGGUGGCAAAGCGGGGGGGGUGACAGGGGACAGCACACCCCACAUCCCUCCCUGCAGCCCUAUACAAGAAGCACCCAUUCAUCCCCACCAAAAACUUUUGGGGUGGCAGAAGAGGGGAGGGGAGAGGGUCUUGGGCACAUCCAAACAUGGGGGGCAUGGGUGACAUUGCUGCUGGGAUGGCAUGUCCCUGAGCAAAGCGGGGUGUCACAGCCUGUCCCAUCCAGGUUGCAAUCACUAGGAAAGACAGGAGCUGGGUGCUUCCCCCUCACCCCGGUGCCGGGCACAGAGAGUCCGGCAGGGCACAGCACGGGUGUGACAGCCGGGCUGGCGGUGACAGCGGGGCGAGGGCAGUGAGUCACCGCCACCCCCGUGCCUGCUCCACCCCUGGACUUUGCCUCCCGCGGAUGCUCGGGGCAAUAAACCCCAGGCUCUGAGGCGGGAAUGGGGCCUCGGGGUGGGCACCGGGGUCCCAUCCCUGGGGGAUCUGCACGAGCGGAAUCGGGAUGGGGAGUGGGAUCAGGAGUGGGAUGAGAGAAUGGAGUGUGCCUGAGGCGGUGGGCAGGAGUGCGAGGGAGCGGCACCCAGGCAGGCAGGACACGCAGGUGGCAGCGUGACGCUUGUGCACGGCGCCGGGAGAAGGUCACCUGUGCGCCAGGACACCCGUACGUGUGUCCCGGCCGCUGUCACCGCCGCGGCCACAGCCCUGGGCGGGCGGGCGGGCCCCGCGGGCGGGUGACAGCCGCACCCUGGAGCGGGCGGGCGCUUCCCGCCUGCCCGUCCCCAUCCCUGUCCCCGCCGAGGCCACUCGGGCUCCGUGGCCCCAGCGGACACCCCCAUGCAGCGGGAGCGCGGGGAGCAGAGCCCAGGAGCCCCCGAAACCGAGAUCAAGGCUGUCAUCGUCGGGGAUGGCGGCUGCGGGAAGACGUCGCUGCUGGUGGCCUUCGCCAAAGGGGACUUCCCCAAGGUCUAUGUCCCCACCGUGUUCGAGAAGUACACAGCGUCCCUCCAGGUUGCCGGCAAGCCCGUGAAGAUCCACCUGUGGGACACAGCAGGACAGGAAGACUACGACAGGCUUCGCCCUCUGUCCUACUCAGAUGCCAACGUUGUCCUCAUGUGCUUUGAUGUCACCGACUCCAACAGCUUUGACAACAUCCUAACAAAGUGGUACCCGGAGGUGAACCACUUCUGCAAGGGGGUCCCGGUGCUGCUGGUGGGCUGCAAGACGGACCUGCGGCAGGACCAGGAGGCGCUGCAGAAGCUGAAGGACGGGCGGAUAGAGCCCGUCUCCCGCCAGCAGGGAGAGGCCAUGGCCCGGCAGGUCCGUGCCGUGUCCUACAUGGAGUGCUCGGCCAGGUACCAGGAUAACGUCGGGAACAUCUUCGUGACAGCCUGCAAUGCCGCCAUCAGUGCCGCCCGCCGGAGGCAGCGCAAGGGACCCAGGAGGGGCUGCGCCAUCCUCUGAGCCCCCCGGCUCGGCACAGCCCCCUCGGACAGCCACUGCUGUCCCCAAGCUCCGACACUCUGCCUCCGCCACCGGAGCGCCGCUGCUACCCGCCCGGCCCGGGGCUGGCACCGCCGGUCACCGCGGGGUGACAGCAGGAAAGCAUUCGUGGCAUGAACUGUCACCCGCCUGCAUCCCAGAGUCCCUUUCCCGCUGGGGAUGCCGCCGGGGAUGUCCCUGUCCCGCCAGGAAUCCAUCCCAGCGUCCAGUGCCAGCACCGCCUGCCAGCCGGGCUCUGGGGACGCAGAACUGAUUUGGGGCUCCCCUUCCCGCUGGCAGGCCAGCGCCGGAGGGGGAUACGGGGUCACUGCAGGGCCAUCUUCUGCCAUUAAAGUGACUCAA